UCUCCUCUUCUUUCUGAGCGAGUCACAGUCUCCCACUUCACUAAUAUAUACAAAAGACUGAGGCAACAUAACCAGCCAGCUCCCCUCUCUCUCUCUCUCUCAGUGACUCAGUCUCUUCCAAAUCCAAUGGCUAGCUUCUGCACAUAUCCUCUGUUCUUCUCUUUGACCUUCGCAUUCUUCAUCGUGGCCUCUGCUUCAUCUGAAGCAGAGAUCCUUCUCACAUUUAAGGCCUCCAUUGAAGACCCCAUGAAGUAUCUCUCCACAUGGUCCAACACUUCUGAGACUCACUACUGUAACUGGACUGGAGUCACCUGCACCACCACACCACCUCUCUCUGUCACCUCUCUCAACCUUCAGAGCCUGAACCUCUCUGGGGAAAUCUCUGCUUCUCUGUGUGGACUCCACAAUCUCUCUUACCUUAACCUUGCUGACAAUCUCUUCAACCAACCCAUUCCUCUCCAUCUCUCCCAGUGCAGUUCAUUGGAGACUUUGAAUCUCAGUAACAAUCUCAUUUGGGGUACAGUCCCAGAGCAGAUUUCUCAGUUUGGUUCAUUGAGAACGCUUGAUUUCAGCAGAAACCACGUUGAAGGGAAGAUCCCAGAAACCAUAGGGUCACUGAAGAAUCUGCAAGUUCUCAACUUGGGAAGCAACUUGCUUUCAGGUAGUGUUCCUUCUGUUUUUGGGAAUUUCACUGAGCUUCUUGUUCUUGAUUUGUCUCAAAAUCGAUUUUUGGUGAGUGAGAUUCCUGGUGGCAUUGGCAAGCUUGAGAAGCUUAAGCAGCUUCUACUCCAAAGCUCUGGUUUUUAUGGUGAGAUUCCUCAAUCCUUUGCUGGCUUGCAGGGGUUAACCAUUUUGGACCUCUCUCAGAACAAUCUGACUGGUGGGGUACCUCAGACACUAGGGGCUUCUCUUAAGAACUUGGUAUCUUUUGAUGUUUCACAAAACAACCUUCUGGGUUCAUUUCCCACUGGUAUAUGCCGAGGAAAAGGCCUCAUAAACCUCAGCCUCCAUACAAAUUCCUUCAGUGGUUCAAUACCCAACUCCAUUAGUGAGUGCUUGAAUCUUGAGAGGUUUCAAGUUCAGAACAAUGGGUUUUCUGGUGAUUUCCCAAAUGGGUUAUGGUCAUUGCCCAAAAUCAAGCUCAUUAGAGCUGAAAACAACAGAUUUUCUGGGGAAAUACCGGAUUCCAUAUCAGUGGCUGCUCAGUUGGAGCAAGUUCAGAUUGAUAACAACAGCUUCACUAGUAAAAUUCCUCAGGGCCUUGGGUCAGUCCGGAGCUUAUAUAGAUUUUCUGCAUCUCUUAAUGGCUUCUAUGGUGAACUUCCUCCAAAUUUCUGUGACUCACCAGUUAUGAGUAUAAUAAAUCUCUCCCACAAUUCGCUCUCUGGUCUAAUUCCAGAGUUGAAGAAAUGCCGGAAAUUAGUCUCAUUGUCUCUGGCGGACAACAGUCUUGUUGGACAAAUCCCUGCAUCCCUCGCUGAAUUACCUGUGCUCACUUACCUUGACCUUUCGGAUAAUAAUCUCACUGGUUCAAUUCCACAGGAGCUUCAAAACUUGAAACUUGCUCUCUUUAAUGUAUCCUUCAACCACCUCUCCGGAAAGGUUCCAUUCCCUUUGAUCUCUGGCCUUCCGGCUUCAUUUCUGCAAGGAAAUCCGGAACUUUGUGGCCCAGGAUUACCCAAUUCUUGUUAUGAUGAUGAGCCCAUACAUAAGGCUGGUGGUCUUACAAAAUUAGCAUGUGCCCUCAUCUCUCUGGCUCUUGGUGCUGGAAUUUUGAUCAUUGCAGCUGGGUUCUUUGUGAUUUAUCGGACUUCCCAGCGGAAAUCUCAAAUGGGUGUCUGGAGAUCAGUUUUCUUCUACCCCCUUAGAGUCACAGAGCAUGACUUGAUCAUGGGAAUGGAUGAGAAAAGCGCGGUAGGAAGUGGUGGAGCUUUUGGUAGAGUUUACAUCAUAAGCUUACCAAGUGGUGAGCUUGUGGCUGUCAAGAAGCUUCUCAAUCCUGGGAGCCAGUCUUCAAAAUCACUGAAGAAUGAAGUAAAGACAUUGGCCAAGAUCAGGCAUAAGAACAUAGUCAAACUUCUGGGGUUCUGCCACUCCAGUGACUCUAUCUUUCUGAUAUAUGAGUUUCUGCAGAAGGGGAGCUUGGGGGAUUUGAUAUGCAGACCAGAUUUUCAGUUGCAAUGGAGUACUAGAUUGAGGAUUGCCAUUGGGGUUGCUCAAGGAUUAGCAUAUCUUCACAAGGACUAUGUUCCACAUAUACUUCACAGAAACCUCAAGUCCAAAAACAUCCUUCUGGAUGCAGAUUUGGAACCAAAGCUCACAGAUUUCGCUCUGGAUCGGAUUGUGGGAGAAACUGCAUUUCAAUCUACCAUGGCUUCAGAAUCUGCUUUCUCAUGUUACAUUGCACCAGAAAAUGGAUACAGCAAGAGAGCCACAGAACAAAUGGAUGUGUACAGCUUUGGUGUUGUGCUGCUAGAGCUCGUGACAGGCCGGCAAGCUGAGCAAGCAGAAUCAGCAGAGUCUAUUGAUAUUGUGAAGUGGGUUAGACGGAAAAUCAACAUUACUGAUGGAGCUCUCCAAGUUCUUGACCCCAGGAUUUCAAACUCUUCACAGCAAGAGAUGCUGGGUGCUCUGGAAAUGGCCCUGAGAUGCACCUCUGUAAUGCCUGAGAAAAGGCCGACUAUGUUUGAAGUUGUGAGAGCACUUCAAUCCCUCAGCUCAAAGACCCCCCACAUCCCAGAUUUGGAGUUGUCCAUUGGAACUUCAGAUGAGCAUUCAUCAGCUCCAAUCUGAUGAACACUAAACCACACUUCAACCAGUUCAGUUUAAUGUCUUGUCUUAUAUGUAAAAAUCCAACUUGAUUUCACUAAUUUUGGAGUAAUUUUCCUGUUUGGAAAUGGUGGUUUGAAUCCCCAGGGCCCUUUUUGUUGGAGUGGGGUGGUCAGGGAAAGCCUGUUUGGAAAUGGUUUUCUGUGUUCUGCAGCAGAAUUUGAUUUUGGGAUUCUCAUUGAUAGUAAUACAACAUAUUUUUCCUUGUCAA